CAACCUCUGGGAAUCAAUAAACAACCGAUGUUGUUUGUUUAGCUCAACAAACGGCCUGGACAUCGCAAGGUUAGCUGGCUUGCUAACUAACGUGUUAAAUUGAGAUUGCUAACGUUAGCUAGCUAAUGAACGUGUGCUAGUAGCCUACUACGGAGUCUUUAGCUUGUUGGCGUAUAAAACCAGCUUGAUAAAACACAUUCGUAUCAUAUGUAUUGUACCUUUCCAAGAGAGCUAGAUGGUAACAAACUGUGACAAACGCCAUGGAGUCAGUCAACAACAACAGUCAGAUAGCCAGCUCAGUCAACAACAGCAGCCAGAUCAGUCAACAACAGCAGCCAGAUAGCCAGAUCAGUUAACAACAAGUCAGAUAGCCAGAUCACAGCCAAGUAAACUUUGCAUAUCACGGCGGAUAUGUCGAUUUAGCAGGCAUACUAUGUGCUGGUACUAUAAUUGUUCAAACUCCAACACAAAUUAACUUCGCAACCAUGGCUCAGUACUUAGCAGUAGCUACAGACAAUAUCCUAACUGAAAGUGAAAGUAGGUCAACAAUGGGCGCGACUGUAACUAUCUUUAGUGUUUAAUGAAACUGGUAUUUUCCGGUCGUUGAGUUGAGUGCCUCAACGCUUGCUCUAAAUCUAAACGCAUCGCUCGCGUUACGGUUUUGGAAACAAGGAACAUGUCGUUAAUAUUAGUGAGAACUAAUAAAAACAAGGUUCAGUUAUUGCAGCUUUUUACGGGGUUGGGGUUCCCACACGGCCAUAUUUUCAUGUUACAGCGCUUGUUCACGGAAAACAGACGGUAAUUAACAUCUGCAUCUCUGAACACAUGUGCGUAAGCGGAAGAUGGAUGCCACAAAUGCGUUGUCACUGAAGUACCGUCUGCUGCAAAUGUUAAAACCAUGUACAGUAAAUGUAAAACAUGAGAAAAAUCAAACCUGGAAGUGGGAAAUCUGAGGUGUCCCAGUCUGCUCUGUGGUCAGGAUGGGGGUGAAGGAGCGUCCUCAGUGCUACUUUGAUGUGGAGAUCAACAGAGAACCAGUUGGACGUAUAGUCUAUCAACUGUUCUCCGAUGUCUGUCCCAAGACUAGCAAAAACUUCCUCAGUUUGUGCACUGGUGAGAGAGGAACUGGGAAAAGCACAGGGAAAAAGCUGUGUUUUAAAGGCUCCACAUUUCACAGAGUUGUAAAGAACUUCAUGAUACAGGGAGGAGACUUCACCGAGGGCAAUGGAAGAGGAGGGGAAUCCAUAUAUGGAGGCUACUUUGAAGACGAGAACUUUAUUCUCAAACACGACCGAGCUUUCCUGUUGUCCAUGGCCAACCGCGGCAAACACACCAACGGGUCCCAAUUCUUCAUAACCACCAAGACAGCACCUCAUCUCGAUGGGGUCCAUGUGGUGUUUGGCCUGGUCAUCUCAGGCUUUGAGGUGAUCAAGAGGAUUGAGGGUCUGAAGACGGACGGAGCCAGCAGGCCGUACGCUGAUGUUAGGGUUAUGGACUGUGGUCAGCUCAUCACUAAGUCAGCCAACGAUGUUCUGGAAGGAAAGAGGAAACGGCGGUCGCAUUCUGCAGACUCCUCCCUCAGUUCUCCUGGCUCCUCUCAGUUCUCCUCUCUGGAGUCUGGGAGUGAAUCUGAGGAGAAGCACCACCACCACAAGCGAAAGAGACACUCCAAGAGCAAACGCUCCAAAAAGAGGAGGAGAGAGAGGGAGGUGAAGAGAGAGAGUCACACUGACAGGGUGGAGCCUGGUCUGAAGGGCCCUGUGGAUGGAGGGAUGGUGGCGGUAGCUGUGGAGGAGCAGAGUGGUUUGAAGAGAGAGAAACCAGUAGUUCGUCCAGAGGAGAUCCCUCCUGUUCCUGAGAACCGCUUCCUAUUGAGGAGAGACCAGCCGGGUCAGGAGGACCAUCCAGACACAACUAAGCCAGAGGUCUCCUCCCUUCCCAAUGACCUGAAGCAGUCAGUCACCAAGUCUGGACGCAAGAUCAAAGGCAGAGGGACAAUGAGGUACCACACCCCGACGUGCUCUAAGUCGCACUCGGCUUCGGAGGAGGAGGGACAAGGAAGCAGCGAAACUCCGCCCCACUGGAAGGAGGAAAUGCAGAGAACCAAGACCUACCAGCCACCCAGCGUAGAGAGAUGGAGCCGAGGAGACAACAGAUGGGAGGGAGACCGCAGCAGGAGUGAGUCCCCAUGGUCCCAGUCCCCGGAGUGCUCCUCAGGCCACAGCUCUGACCGCUCCAGCCAGCCCCGCCCACACAGGAAGGAGAAGAAGAAAGCCAAGCGCAAGAAGGCCAAGAAACGCAAACAUGCCAAGAGACAAAAGAAGGAGUCCACCAAGAGCAAAGAGCCCAAACAGUCGCCCGUCCAAGGGGGUCAGGGGACAAAUCCUGGUGAUAUUGAGAGAAGGACCCUCUCAGUGUCCCGGACCCCUUCCGCCCACAGACGGUCCCCCAGAAAGCAGUGCUCCGGGUCGGGCAAGCGGCGUCACUCCUCCCCUUCAUCCAGAGACUCCAGUUCCUACACACCUAGCCGCUCCAGAUCCAGGGGCAGGUCUGUGUCUUACUCCCAGUCCAGGAGUCUGUCUCACUCCAGAAGCAGGUCUCUAUCUAUGUCAAGGUCCACAUCCAGGUCUCGAUCCAGAUCCCGGUACAGAUCCAGGUCCAGGUCUUUGUCCUGGCUCAGGAGGAGAAAGGCAACCAGAUCCUCCAAGAAGUCCAAGAUGGCUGACGUCAGCAGGCUAAAGCCAGACGCCUCAGCCGCAGGGGCAGUGAAGGGUGUAGAGACCAAAGCCACAGCCCUCCCUGCCACCCCAGCCCCUGAGAACGCCCCUGUCAUACCCAUGAGUGACAGCCCCCCUCCCUCACGCUGGAAGCCCGGCCAGAAACCGUGGAAACCCUCCUACGUCCGAGUCCAGGAGGUCAAGACCAAGACGACCCCAGCCUGCCUGUCCCCCAUAGGCCCCACAGCCCCCAGUACAUCUGAUAACCACCCAGAUAACUCCCACCUGGAAAAGAGCCGUGGCUCUAAGAGCCACAGACACCAGAGACGAUCACCCAGCGGCUCCUACAGGAGUAGGUCCUACAGCCGGUCUCACAGUCACUCCAGGAGUCACUCCCGGUCCAGGAUACGGUCACCAGGUCCCUACUACAGCAGAUCCUCCUCCUACAGCAGGUCAGACUCCUAUGACUCUCACAGGAGAGGCCUAGACAAGACUAUAGACAAGGGCUGGAAACAGUACUACAGCUCUCUGAAGCGGAUCAAGAAUCUGGAUAAGUACCUCAAAGCGCCUGACUCCCAGAUCAACAUGUUUUCAUCUGACUCUGAGGACGGAACAGCCAGCGAACACAGUCCUGGGCCCAGGCAGAAUGGCUCCAAGGGACCAAAGCUCUUUGGCAUCUUAUCAGAAGACCGACGUCAUCAGGAAACGGAAGCAAAAAGUCUGAAACCAAACCAAAAGUCCUUGGAGGAACCCAGCAGUAGGUCAGAGUGGGACAGUGACGGGGAUAAACUAGGCAGAAAGACCAGCCUGGUGAACAACCAGAAGCCUGAUGUUAGGUCAGCAGAGAUUCCUGACCAGAGACUAGCAGCUCUCGCUGGGUGGGACUCUGAGAGCGACUCUGAGAAGGUGCUGCCCAAGAUGGCCACCACCGAGCCCAAGGUCUUCCUGUCAGAGAAGGAAGAGGGCGAGGCCAGCUCCGAGUCAGAACAUGAACACCAUGUACGGUCACACAGCAAGAUGAAUAAAGCCCCUGGAACCUCUGUGUUGCUGCUUCCUGCACCUGUACAUAAUGCCACCCCAUUGGAGGGGAGCCCUGAGAAGGGCCCCGAGGCAGAGAGACACAAGAGCAGGAAGAAGAACAAGCGUAAACACAAACGCAAGAGGAGGAGCUCUGCCAAGUCUGGCUCCCACAAGUCAAAGGUCAAGUCAAAGCGGUCCAAGAGGAAACACCAGAAGCUGAAGGAGACAUUCCACUGGCAGCCGCCAAUGGAGUUUGGAGAGGAUGAGGAGGAGGAUGAGUCCCAGAAAGAGAAACGUCUGGAGCAAAAACAUACUGCUGUAAAGGAUAGUCCUCAGAGAGCUGUCAGGGGAAGACCUGGCAAAUCUCCAUGUCUGGAAAAGGAGGACAAGGAGAUAAGUCCUGCUUCACCCAACAGAAACAGUUCAGUACAGCCAAUGCCUCACAGCGUGGAAGAUGCAGCAGAGAUUACCAAAGAACUGAAAGCUAAACCAACUGCCAACUCGAACCCAAAACACUCAAAACCUCAGGACCUCACUGCUAACCUGCCAAAGAUGGAUCAGCCAGAGAUGGUAGACGAUAUGGACAUCUGCACCCCAGAACAUGACCUCCCUGACCCCACUAUCGAGCCACCAGGCCUUCAGGGCCAACAGGCACCAGAUAUCAGUCUGAAAACACUGUCUCCUCUGAGUCGCUCCUUAAAGAAGGGAGACGUGUUUCUCUCACCUGUUAAAGAUCCACAGUGUACAGCAUCUCUGCCAGCUGUGAUGCUAGCUAGUGGGGAGCAGCAGGAAACUGCAGCAGGCAGAGCCGCUGGUCCUCCUGUCGACCCUAAAUGGAAGCCUCUAAAGGGGAUGGCUGCUCUGCAAGCCCUGAACCCAAACCCCUCCUCCCUGGCUCGUCUGCUCCCCACCAGACUCCCAGAGCACAGUGGGCCCCGGACCCAGCCCCAGGAAGGCAUCAGGCCCCAGGGCAGCAGGACCCAGAGCCAAGGCGGGAGGACCCAGGGGGGAGUCAGCAUCCAGAUCAAGAGCCAGAGCCGUGUGCGCCCGGGGUCGCUGUUCGACGAGGUACGGAAGACGGCCAGACUGAACCAGAGGCCCAGGAACCAGGACAGCAGUUCCAGUGAGGAGAGGUCUCAGUCUGCAGCUGGAGCCGUGGCAGGGGCCACGGAGGAGGAGCGGGGAAGCAGGAGGUCCCGGUCGGGGUCUAGCCCCUCCCACAGGUCCAGAGGAAGAUCCCCCUCCUCCAGCCGCUCCAGGAAUAGAUCACGCUCCUCCAGCUACUCCUCCAGGAGUCGGAGCAGGAGCAGGAGGAGGUAUCCCAGAGGGCGCUCCCAGUCCCGCAGUAUCACCUACCGCAGCUACAACAGUCAUAGUCGGACCUAUAGUAGAAGUAAUUCCAGAAGCCGUUCUUAUGAUCGACGCAGGAGAUCCAGGUCUGACUCCUAUGACACUUACUCCAGUCGGAGUCGUAGCCGCAGCUCCAGCAGGAGGCGUGGGAGAAGGAGUGAUAGCUACAGGAGCUCCAGGUCUUACCACUCCUCUAGUCGCAGCUCCUCCCGACACUGGAGUCACAGUGGAAGAUACAGUUGAGCUGGAUCAUGUCUGUUACCGUCUCUGUCCUGAUGACUCAUGAGUCUGCUUCUGUCCUGAUGACUCAUGAGUCUGUUUCUGUCCUAAUGACUCGUGAGUGUCUCUGUACUGAUGAUUUAUGAGUGUUUUGGUCCUGAUGAUUCAUGAGUCGGUUUCUGUCCUGAUGCUUCAUAUGGGUUGAUCUGGUUCAUGAUUCUGUCUCUGUCCUAGUGAUUCAUGUGGGUUGCUCUGGUUCAGGAGUCAGUUUCUGUCCUGGUGAUUCCUGUGGGUCUAUACAGCUAUCAUGCCUACUCCCUGUCACUCAGUGUAAUACCGAACUGGACCAGAGUACAAACAGAUCUGGGACCAGGCAUGCCUCCUUUUGUUCUCUCAUCUUCUAUUGGGAACUUAUUUGGUUACUUCUUAUAUAGAGGGAAAAGUAAUGACCUGUAUGUCAUUUGUGUGGCUAUCAGAAAGCAUUCAUAACCCUUGACUUAUUCCACAUUUUGUUAGAACCUGAAUUCAAAAUGGAUUAAUUAUCUAUUUUCUCUCACACAUCUGCACACAAAACCCUCUAAUGACAAAGUGAAAACAUGUUUUUAGAAAUUCUUGCUAAUUAAUUGAAAGUUGAAUAGAGAAAUAUCUCCUUUAUGUAAGUAUUCACAUUGUUUUUGUUUUGUUUUUUUACCUUUAUUUAACUAGGCAAGUCAGUUAAGAACAAAUUCUUAUUUUCAAUGACGGCCUAGGAACAGUGCCUGUUCAGGGGCAGAACUUGGGGGUUUGAACUUGCAACCUUCCAGUUACUUGUCCAACGCUCUAACCACUAGGCUACCCUGCCGCCCCUGCCUGGCAGCGAUUACAGCUGUGAGUGUUUCUGGGUAAGUCUCUAAGAGAUUUGCACACCAGGAUUGUACACCAUUUGCACAUUAUUCUUUCAAAAUUUCUUCAAGCUCUGUCAAAUUGGUUGUUGUUCAUUUUCAAGUCUUGCCAUACAUAAUUAAGCCACUCAGGAACAUUCAAUGUCUUCUUGGUAAGUAACUGUAGUGUAUAUUUGGCCUUAUGUUUUAGGUUAUUGUCCUGCUGAAAGGUGAAUUAAUCUCUGUUGGAAAGCAGACUGAACCUGGUUUUCCUCUUGGAUUUUACCUGUGCUUAGCUCUAUUGCAUUUCUAUUGAUCCUGAAAAACUCCUAGUUCUUACAGAUGCCACAUUUUUGACAGUUUUAUUUUAGUGCCUUAUUGCAAACAGGAUGCAUAUUUUUGGAAUAUUUUUCAUUCUGUACAGACUUCAUUCUUUUCACUCUGUCAAUUAGGUUAGUAUUGUAGAGUAGCUACAAGGUUGUUGAUCCAUCACAGCCAUUAAACUCCUUUAACUGUUUUAAAGUCACCAUUGGCCUCAUGGUGAAAUCCCUGAGCGCUUUCCUUCCUCUCCGGCAACUGAGGUAGGAAGGAUGCCUGUAUCUUUGUAGUGACUGGGUGUAUUGAUACACCAUCCAAGGUGUAAUUAAUAACUUCAACAUGCUCAAAGGGAUAUUCAAUGUCUGCUUUUUUUAUCGAUCUACCAAUAGGUGCCCUUCUUUGCGAGGCAAAGUGUUGUGUUUGAAUCUGUGUUUGAAAUUCACUGAUCUACUGAGGGACCUUAUAGAUAAUUGUGUGUGUGGGGUACAGAGAUGAGGAAGUCAUUCAACUAUUAUUACACACAGUGAGUCAAUGCAACUUAUGUGACUUGUUCAGCACAUUUUUACUCCUGAACUUAUUUAGGCUUGCCAUAACAAAGGGAUUGAAUACUUAUUGACUGAAGACAUUUAAGAUAUUCAUUUUUUAUUCAUUUGUAAAAUAAAAAUACAUAAUUCCACUUUGACAUUAUGGGAUAUUGUGUGUAGGCCAGUGACACAAAAUCUAAAUGUAAUCCAUUUUAAAUUCUGGAUGUAACACAACAAAAUGUGUAAUAAGUCAAGGUUGUGAAUACUUUCUGAAGGCACUGUAUAUGUGUUUAUUCCUAACAGACAGUUUUAAUUUGUUUUUUAAAUUCAUUUUAUUUAGUAUUGAUUUUAUACACUGAAAUAACUGAAUGUACAUCAAGCAAGAAACUGAUCCAAUGUUGAGUUUAUGAUAGACAAGUUCUGUUUUUGUUUGAGAAUUAUCAAUGGGUUAAAAAUGUAUUUGAUAGUUUGCAUUUAAACGGUGGUCACCGCACAUCAUGUGGGUAAAGGAAGAAAAGCAAUGCCUUAAGCUGCUUGGACAGGGUGAGACAGAUGGCAGGACAGGGGCCCUAUGGUUAGUUAAUAGUGGAUAGCAGGAGGUGUUUAUUUUGUAUUUUGCCUGUCAUAAAAGUACAAUUGUUUGUUCUAGAUUGCAGGAAAAGGCAGUUUAACGAAAGGGGGCACUGCCCCCCCCCCCCCGGCUGUAUUCAGCAGCGCCACAAAAAAAAUCCUGGGUUAGUAGUGGUUGGUACUGGAUCAUUCUCAUUAGUAUAUACCGCAGCAAACUACACCAACGUUUUGCAAAGGAAAUUAGUUUCUCAUCGGUCAAGUUCAGGUCAGCCUUUCUUCCAUUUUUGACCCAGGUAAGUGAUUACAGAAGACAAAUGCCUGUUUAGUUUUUCACUGAAUAUUUUCAUUGUUCUAACAGUUAUUUUGCCUCAAUAGUUUCAUGAAUGUACAACAUGUGUUGACGAGAUGUCUGUAUCCUGCGGUCAUUGAAAAGGCUGCAUUCAAACAUUAAAACUCAAGUAAGGCUUUUGCAUUUUCUAA